CACACCCCCUCAUUCUUUUUCUCCUCUUCCCUGGCUCCCUGUCACCAUCUGUGGCACAGUCAUUCUCUGUCACUCUCCUUACCACCCCCUCAUUCUUCUUUUCUCUGUUGUUACCUCUCUCCCUGCAUCACUCUUUCUUUCUUCCUUCUCUUUCUCUCCUUACUCCUUUUCUCCUGCUCCUCAGGCAUCUCUCCCUCUCUUGCUAAGCACUCCCUCUCCAUCUUGCUACCCACUCAUUGUGUCUUUCUAACCCCCUCAUCCCUCUAUCCCUCUAUCCUCUAGCCCUCUCCCUUUGCCGAGUUUGUUUUAUUCCCAUUGGCUUCUGAGGCUGCCCAACACCCUCAAGAGCUCUCCUUCCCUCGUGGAGGGCUCUCCCUAAAUUCUCCACCCUCUGCCAACGCCCACCUCUUGACCUCUUUCUUGUACCCAGGCUUCUUCCAGGAGGCAUGUGGGAAGAAUUUCUCAGCAUCGAUGGGAAGGCAGGGAUGGAGAUCAUAUGGCAGAGCCUCAACAGACAGAUGUGGCCAUCUCGGGGCUAGUGGAGUGCCCCUUGUGGGGCACAGCAGGAAGCUGGAGGCCGGGGCACUGGGAGGGCAAGCUUCAACAGGAGAACAGACCCUAAAAGACCCCCCAGGCCCAGGGAAGAAGCUGUGGGAGCACUCUAACCCAGACAAGGGAAGAGGGGGGAAUGGAUGAGCCCACGAGGGAUCCCCUCAUCUGACAAGCAGGAUUGGAGCUGAUUGCAGCCCUUGGAGGUGACCUCUGCUGACUGCCAUCUUUGCCCCUCCCCAACUUGGCUGGCCUCUCCGGCCACUAUGGACAUCACCAGCUUUCCCUCUCCAGUGUCCGCAUCCUUAGAACCGGAGAAUGCCUCCCUCACCUGGCCAGAAGACCCUCUGAUGGGGAACCUGUCCACAUCCCCAGCCAGCACAGGACUAGAUGUCAGUGGUGUUCUGAUCCCUCUGGUAUACCUGGCAGUGUGUGUGGUGGGCCUUCUGGGCAAUUCACUGGUGAUCUACGUGGUGCUUCGGCACACGGUGAGCCCAUCAGUGACCAACGUCUACAUUCUCAACCUGGCCCUAGCUGAUGAACUCUUCAUGCUGGGCCUGCCCUUCCUGGCUGCACAGAAUGCCCUCUCCUACUGGCCCUUUGGCUCCCUCAUGUGUCGCCUGGUCAUGGCCGUGGACAGUAUCAACCAAUUUACCAGCAUCUUCUGCCUGACCGUCAUGAGCGUGGACCGCUAUCUGGCUGUGGUGCACCCAACCAGGUCGUCCCGCUGGCGCACGGCCCCCGUGGCCCGGGCAGUGAGCGCUGCCGUGUGGGUGGCCUCAGCAGUCGUGGUGCUGCCUGUGGUGGUUUUCUCAGGAGUCCCACGUGGCAUGAACACCUGCCACAUCCAGUGGCCUGAGCCAGCCGCAGCCUGGCAGACGGGCUUUAUCGUCUACACAGCAGCUCUGGGGUUCUUCGGGCCCCUGCUGGUGAUUUGCCUCUGCUACCUUCUCAUUGUGGUCAAGGUGCGCUCAGCCAGUCGGCGGGUCCAGGUGACCUCAUGCAAGCGGCGGCGGUCUGAGAGGCGGGUCACCCGCAUGGUGGUGGUGGUGGUGGCCCUGUUUGUGCUGUGCUGGCUGCCCUUCUAUGUGCUGAACAUCGUCAAUGUGGUCUGUCCCCUGCCUGAGGAGCCCUCUCUAUUUGGUGUCUACUUCCUGGUGGUAGUGCUGCCCUAUGCCAACAGCUGUGCCAACCCCAUCAUCUAUGGUUUCCUCUCCUACCGCUUCAAGCAGGGCUUCCGAAGGGUCUUGCUCCGGCCCUCCAGGAAGGUCCGAAAUCAGGAGCCACCCACUGGGCCCCCCGAGAAGACAGAGGAGGAAGAGGAAGAAGAGGAGGAGGAUGAAAGAGAAGCUAGAAAGGAGAUGAAUGGGCGGGUCAGUCAGAUCAGCCAACCAGGAAGUGGUGGGCAGGAGCAACCACCCUGCAGACCCUGUGGCAGUGAACAGAAACCUCUCCCAGAAGAGCUAACUGGUGGGGAGAAAUCCAGCACUUCAAAGACAAGCUAUUUGUAACCAACGGAACAUGAUAGGGCAGAGGAAAGGGAGAGGAACUGGAGAGGGGGUGAGAAGGAAGAGUUUUGAGAUGCCACUGAGUAGGUAGCAGGGGCCCUAGGCAUCCCUAAAACCCAUCGCCACCACUGGGGAAGAGACUAGGUGACGAGGUCAGUGCUGAGGGAAAAGAUAGGGGAGUGGUGGAAGGAAAGAGAUAGAAUCUCAUGUGCCCAUGGCCAAGUCACUUCUGUAGCCCUCAUUUUCCUCAUGUGCAAAAUGAGGAGUUUGGACAAAAUGGUAGCUAAGAGCUCCUCCAGGUUCAGAUUGAUUUUCUUAUGGCCCUAGAAGGGAUCAGGAAAGUCAGCUCAGGCUGGCUCAGAUAAGCGACCAUGGGCUCUUUCCCAAGGAGCUGCCCCUAAAGGGUCUUGGGGAGAGGGGAGAUCCGGGAUGUAACAGUUCCUGGAUGACGAUCCUUUUCUUCCCUAGAUGUGAGUAAGCCACAUCUGAAGUAUUUUGUCCAGUCCUAGGUGUCCCAUUUUAAGAAAAACGUUGACCAGUGGUGCUGUGUCCAAAAGAUGGUGGUCAAAAUGGUGAGGGGACCGGACCAUUCUAUGACAGUUGAUGGGUCUGAACCUCAGCUUUGCCACUGGUUAGCUUUGUGACCUUAGUCAAGUCACUAAAUUUCUCUGGGAUUCAGUUUCUUCAUCUGUAAAAUGAGUAGCAUGGAUUGAAUGACCUCUGAAAUCUUUUCCAGUCCUUAAACUAUGAUUCUAUGAUGCUGUUACUUUACCUCUGGGGCUCAAUUUCUUUAUCUGUGAAACAAAGGGGUUAGAUUAAAUGAGAUCAGGGCCAUUCAGCUCUAAAUAUGAUGAAAGCUUUCUUCAAAUAUCUAAAGAGCUGCUGUGUAGGAGAAGUGGCAGGUCUGUCUGCCUGGACCAGAGAGCAGAACUAGAAGCAUGGGGCUGAGGGUUGGCAAGAGGCAGAUCUCAGCUCUCCAGAAGAAGCUUCUUAACAAUUAGAACUGUCCAUGGGGGAGAUAGGCUGCCUCAGGAAGACCCCUUCCUCCUCACUGGAGGUCUUCCAGCAGAGGCCAGAUGACCCCUCACUGGGGAUGUUGUGUAAGGGAUUUCUGCUCAGGUAUGAGUUGGAACAGAUGACCACUGAGGUCCCUGCCAACUCUGACAUUUUUUGACCCUUGAACCAACAUCCCUGCCACUCCCUAGCUGAAAGUGAGUUCUUCCCCACAUCUCCUUGUUGGGGAAGGGGAAGUCUUCAUGCUAUUUAUUUACUAGCUGAAUGAUCUUGGGCAAAUCAUUUCAUCUCUCUGGUCAUCAGUUUACUCAAUUGUCAAAUGGAACAGUUGGCCUAGAUGCCCUCUAAGGACCCCUCCAAAUCUAAAGUCAAUGAUCCAAUGAACCUCUUCCAUAUUUCCUUGCCCUGUCUCCCCCUGCCCCCACUCCAAUCCCCCCAGUUCCUUGGGCUUUUAAAUCCAGCCAGUGUUUAAUCAGUAGAAACACCUGAGAUGGAGAUAAGAAGAAAGUCUAGUCUCAUUGGCUGAUCCAUUCUGACAUUUUUAGUGGAUUCUGUUGGUCUGGCAAAAGGGAAGGAUGCAUUCUCAUCUUCUCACUUUUCAUCCUUAUCUUAGCUUUGGGGUGACUCCACUGGGGAGCCUCCUUUGUAGUCUUGGGCAGCUUGGCUUAUGGAAGUGAGGCUGGGGAGAGAAGCUAGGGGAGAAGGGGGUUUGGAAGAAAAAGGCAGCUGCCAGAGCAUGAGAGCUAGCCUGGGGUGAAAGAGCAGCAUGGAGGGAGGUCAUAGAGUGGACCAGGCAGAUCCUUAGAAGGCCAACCUGCGGGGACCAAAGGGUCCAGAGGCUCUGGUCACAUGUAUACAUGGGUUUAUAUGUACCUGGAAGGGAACUGUAGAACAGAGUAGUGAAAGAGCUCUGGGUUCUAAUACUGGCCCUGCCACUCCAUAGCUGUAGGACCCUUGCCAAAUAAAAUCAACCUUCCUGGUCUUCAGAUUCUUCAUCUGUAAAAUGGGAGUGAUUUAUGCCUUCCCUGCCUACCUCACAGGGCUGUUGUGAGGGCCCAGUAGGAUUAUAGAUGAGAAAACACUCCAAAAUCUCAAGUGUGACACGAUGCUUCAAACUUAGAGGGCAUUUAAUAAAUGU